AUGCAAGCGUCUCUAGCUAGGUCACUUCCUCUGCUUCCAACAGAGAAGGACCGUCAACGUGUGGUUAAGUUUUUCAACAGAUUUGACGGCUUACGGGCCCAGGAAAAUGCUGCUGUGAGACAAGUUGCAUUAGUAUCUUUGAGCACCGUUAUUCAAAUUUAUGAACGGUACCCACAAUUUUCCCAAAGCAGUGAUCUUGUGAAGAGUUUGGUGAACAAAAUGGAUGUCAAAUUUUCACGAAAACUCCGUGACUUAUUUACUCGAUAUCGGCAACAGCUCACCCUCGAUCUCACUAUUGGCGGUCAACUGAUAUUAUUAUCCGAGAUGAUUGCAAAAGAGUUAGCAUUGAAGCUUGAUCGAGUGCAGUAUCUCAAGCGGGUGUUCAGCAAUACAGUGACACUCAAUGCGGAGGACCAGCGUCAAGUUGAUGAAGCGUUUCUCGAACUCGAUGAUUAUUUAGGGUCCUUCAGCAACGACUACCAGGAGAAGUUGGAUAUGCUCGAGUCCGAUUGUUUUGCGGGCACCAGCAUCGACUCGGUGCUCGUUUUGCCUCAGGGAUUUAUGUUCAUAUUGAAACCGGGAUACGCCCCUGAGGAGUUAUUCAUUGGGUAUGAGUGA